AUGGCCGUAGUCCGCUCGCUGCGCAAUCGUCGGGCCCAAAGUAUUGAGUCUGGAUUCAGCCAGCGGCCAUUAUCUAGCAUGACAACCCAAGAAGCGUUCAACAUUAUGCAACAGCUACAAGAGCUAGAAUUUCCUUCAGCUAUGAACAAGGCACGACGGAUCGCCCUACUUAAGGCUGGCGGUAUAUCCACUAUGUCAAAGCUGUUUGCUGUUACAGGACAGAACAAUACUCGAAAUGCGGGCAAACGUGCUGUAGAUACUGAGAUCCUCCUUCGAGAGGUUCAGUCACAACCGAGAGAUUCGGAACGUUACCAGCAAUCAGUGGCGAGGAUGAAUUACUUCCACCAAAGAUACCGACAAGCGGGUAAAAUCCUCGACGAAGACCUAUUACAUACCUUGGGCGAUAAUGUGGUCGAAAUAUUCCGGAUCCUUGACGGUAGUGAGUGGCGAAGACUUGGAGAAGUGGAAAAAUGCGCCAUUGGAAUAUUCCAUAAACAUUUGGGUGAAGAUAUGCUUAUCCCGUUCACACCUUUGCCAUCAAGUGAACAGGGCUGGAAGGAUGGAUUACAUUUUGCGACGGAACUAAGGGGUUGGACUAUCGAAUACGAAAAGCGUGUCGCCGAACCGUCCGCUACGAACGACCAAUAUGUUCGAGUAUACGUCGAUGGUGCUACGGCGCGGCUGCCACGAGCGAUUACGAUGCUUCUGAGAAAGACAUUGGGAUUCGAACUAGAUGAUACAAUGAGGAAGAGCUUGAAUCUUGAAUCGCCUGGGUUCAUAUUGUCGAGCAUUUUAUUUACAUAUCAAGCAAUUCGCAAAGUACUUAUCCGUAACUUUUGCCUUCCCAGGCCAUCGCUCUUCGCUGUCAAAGCUGUGGAAAAUGACAACACCGAAACCGGAUUCUACAACUUCCCGCAAGUUAUCCCACAGCCUUGGUAUGUGAAACCCACAUUCUGGUCUAUGUGGGGCCCUGCGGCGAUCCUUUUCAGAGCUCUUGGUGGACGAGCUCCCGGAUCCAUGGGUGAUCGAUACCACCCGCAAGGUUAUAACUUGUGGACAAUUGGUCCUAAACCCCAGGAGGGAAAGGGGAGGGCUGAAAUGGCAGCUGCGAUUGAUUUCAUGAAGACACGUGGCUCAACUGGCUGUCCGUUUUCACACAAGACAAAAGGAACCUAG